AUGAAUCAACUCAGCCUCAUCCUUCUCCUCCCCUCCAGGCUCCUCAAACUGCGAGAAUCCCUUGCACUCAAACGUAAAGGAUUGCUUACCACACAUGAUAUAAUACUCCCUGAGCCAUUCCCCCAAAGCUUUCAGCGCCCAAAACUCCUGCUGCCAGCUCAUCCAAGGCGCCUUUGGCACAAAAACAUCUUUCCAGCCAUAAAUUGUCAGAGACUUGACAUUGCAGAGACCAAACAGCACCCGCAGAUGAUGAGACUCCAUGAUCUCGUAAGCUUUGAGCGCACAGUACCCACCGCGCAGACCGCGGGUCUCUCGAACACUACUGCUGUUGCUGCCUGGCUCGUAUGGCGCAGGUUUCAGGAUCUUGGAGUACUCGAAGCGCAGGCUAAGUUUCUCGAUAUUGGGGCACCGUGACACAAAUUCCGCCAUUUGCGCAAAAUCCU